ACGAGGAGGGACAAAUCCGUAAUUGGCUUAUUCUUUUCUUCACCGUUUACAGUUCUUCACCAACAUCCGCAUUUCUCUCCAGAAAUUUCCCUAGAGGCUUCGCUUGUUCCUGCUUCGUGCCGCAGAGUCCAACUGUCCAAAGCAAACUUACCAGAAGAUAACUCCACAAAUGGAUGGGCAUGAUGCUGAAGAUCCAAAGCAGAGCACUGCUGAUAUGACAGCUUUUGUGCAAAAUCUACUCCAGCAAAUGCAAUCCAGAUUCCAGGCAAUGUCGGAUUCUAUCGUUACAAAGAUUGAUGAAAUGGGCAGCAGGAUAGAUGAGCUGGAGCGAAGCAUCAAUGAUCUCAGAUCUGAGAUGGGGGUAGAGGGCUCUCCAUCUCCUUCAGCUCCUCCCAAGGAGAAAGAAGAACCCAAGUCAGGCACUGAUUCAACCUCAGUUUAGUAAAAAUAUGCCGUGGUGAUUUAAACAAAUAGUUAUUCUAGAGAGAGAUUUGGUUUUGGCAUUUGCUAAUUUAGAUUUGAAGACAAUUUGUCAUGUUCUAGGGCUAUAUAUCAUUAUAUUUCAUGGGAUAUAUAAGUCUAUAACGAGAAUCCAGUUUGAUA